CGUGUCCAAAACGAGUUUAAAAGAGGAGGAAAAAAGAGAAAAAAACGGUGACCCAGCCCGGAACCUUGUGGGAGUCCCCUGGCGAAAGUUCCCAGGAAGUCACCUAUUGGAGGGGCCGGCUGGGCUCGGACCUGGUUCCGCGGGAGGAAAAAGGCUCAGAGAGAGAAUGACGUUUACCGGUGGUCACACAGAAAUGGCAGCAGCCAGGGCUAGCCUGGGCCGGAUCCUCCCAGAGUCCUCUAUCCUGUUUCUGUGCGACCUUCAGGAGAAAUUUCGCCCCAGCGUAGCCUUCUUCCCACAGAUUGUGUCUGUGGCCGCUCGAAUGCUUAAGGUGGCCCGUCUGCUGGGUGUCCCCGCUGUGCUGACAGAGCAGUACCCACAAGGCCUGGGCCCCACAGUUCCCGAGCUGGGGGCUCAGGGCCUGCGUCCAGUGAGCAAAACCUGCUUCAGCAUGGUGCCCUCCUUGCAGCAGGAGCUGGACAGCCGGCCCCAGCUGCGGUCGGUGCUGCUCUGCGGCAUCGAAACCCAAGUCUGUAUCAUGAACACGGCCCUGGACCUCCUGGACCGGGGGCUGCAGGUCCACGUGGUAGUGGAUGCCUGCUCUUCUCGCAGCCAGGUGGACCGACUGGUGGCGCUGGCCCGCAUGAGACAGAGUGGUGCCUUCUUGUCCACCAGUGAAUCACUCAUUCUGCAGCUUGUGAGGGAUGCUGCUCACCCCCAGUUCAAAGAGAUCCAGAAGAUCAUUAAGGAGCCGGUUCCAGACAGCGGGCUGCUGGGCCUCUUCCAAGGCCAGAACCCCCUCUUCAUGAACUCCAGACCCUGACUUGAGGGGGGACCCACCACCCUCGUUACCCUGGAUCCCACUCUGGUGCAGUCCACCAGGAGUACCGCCCCCAUGGGUGGGGAGGGUAGUUCUGCCUUCUCAUUGGACAGCUGGCCCCAGAAAUGCAGAUGAGACUCCUGGGUGCUGGGUGGGAAUUGGCUGAUCGAGGGGGGGGUACUUCACGGAGUUAGAAGGGGAAGGGGGAGAAAUGUCAUAAACUGGGGCCUGGACUUAGAAUAAACA